AUGGUUGAUCCCAAUUUGCAGUCGAUUGAUCAUGGGAAUUGGACUGAGAAAGAAGAAUUCGUUUCGAUGAUCCUUAAAACAGAUCCAUUAUUUCUCAACAAGACAUAUGUGAACUUCUCCUCAGAAUUAGAAGUCAUUUUUAUAAUCUUAUCAGCAGCUGAGGAGUUUCUCAUUCGAUCCGAAAUCCGCCAAACAUGGGCUAAUCCAAUGAACACUAAUGUUUUCUCAACAAAUAAGAACGCUAUGUUGUUCGUCGUAGGACGUCAGGAUGCGUAUGAUGAAAAAAUACAACAGGAGCAUGCUCUGCAUAACGAUAUCCUUCAGAUUGAUGUAGAGGAAACAUAUUUGAACUUAGUUUACAAACUAUUGGCAACUUAUAAGUGGGCAACUUUUUCAUUCCCGUUUGCUGCUAUCGUCAAAGUUGACAGUGAUGUUGUUGUACGUCCGGGUCAUAUUAUAGAUCUGAUCAAACUACAUUCGAACCCGAAUCGUCUUCAAAUUGCUUGUAAAGUUAAUUAUUAUGUUCGAGUAACAAGAGAUUAUCACAGUCGAUGGUUUAUAUCUAAUCGGAGUUAUUCCCCCGUUGUCCUACCAAACUAUUGUAGUGGGCCAUUGUAUAUUAUUUUCCCUUUCACUUUUACAAUGCUCUGGAAGGAAAUAAGGCAUCACAAGGUGUUCGAAGUUGAAGAUGCUUAUAUCACGGGAGUUCUUGCUGAAGCUGCUGAAAUACAGCUACUUGACUUAGAUAACUUUCUCAUUAAUAAUCCACGGAAAUGGAAUUGUGAUCCAGAGCCUGCCGGACUUCUGACGCACGAAAUGGGUGUAAGAAACAUACAAACUGUAAUUGAGAAGUUAGAGAACUAUUCAUGCUUAUCUACAUGGCAAUCAGUUUUGAAUUUUUUCGCGACGUGA